CGCCCUCUCCCACCUCCCUCCGCCCUCCGCCCUCCGCCCACCGCCGUGCACCGCUCCGACACGCUGUCCUGCUCCUCUGCCGCAGUCCGCAUCUGCCAAUUUCGCCGUCGACAAAGCCGGAACUCGCCUGCAUCAAAUCCUGACCCGCUGCCGCCGGCUCCUCGACUCACCCCUUUCCUCGCCCUCGCCCUUGCGCUUCCACACCGAACACACCACAUUCGCUUCCACACGCUGCCUCAACCCGACUUUCCGACUUACGGCCUUCUAAUAUCCACGCCCAUUCUUUCCGCUGUCUGCCCGCCAUUCGAGAUCUCCGAGUGUCAUUUGCCCGUGGGAGGAGUGAAAGACGCGCUUGCUGCUCGGCCGUUGUCCGGAAACGCCAAGCCGAAACGAAGCUCCUCCUCAGCCGCAGCACAACACAGCACCUCAAAGCAACACACAGCGCAGCACCUUGACGCUGACCCGAGCUCAGUGGUCUGGCACCAUUUCUGUGGCUUUUGCAUAUACGUGCUCAAAGAACGCCUUCUUUGUCUGCGAAAUAGCCGCGCCACGUGCGCUCCUUUGACCGUCGCCGGCACCUUGGGCACGCCCAAAUUACCGCCCAUCGCCCAUCGCCCAUCGCCCACGCCAAAUACCUCGACUGCUGGCACGUCUGCUGCGCUUUCCGACUUCCCCCACUCGCUGUACCAACUACCGACACUCCUUUUCCAAGACAGCAGAAACGACCGCGGGUAGGAUGUUCUGAAAAGUCACCCUGUUUGCCUACAAGUCUUUCAUCCCGUUUUGAUCGACUUCAGCAAGCUUUCCAUUCUGUGACAAUCGUCACGUACACUCGUUUGAACCCCACUCUUCGACGGCUGACUGCUCAUUCCACACCUGAUCUUCCACUUUUUCCACUUUCACCCCCAAGAUAUUAAUAUGAAGACCACAUCAACCCAGGCAUGGUUUGCCGCACUCGCGGUCAUGUCCAUGCGAGGACCUGUCACGAAAGCGGACGCUGCGCCCGCUCCCCACCCCCAGGAACCAGAACGGCCCAAAUACUACUUCCCGAGGCAUAUCAAGAGACAGUACCCGAAUUCGACGGAAAUCGCCGAGACUUCUUCGACGUAUGCUCCGCCACCAUCGCAUUCGUCGUCAUCCAGCUCGAGUAGCCAGGACUCAAGCGGUGCCUUCAAUCCUUUUGCUCACUCGUCCAGUACAUCAUCCCACUUCAAUCCCAGUGCAU